AUGGCACAAAAAAAGGAUGCAUCGGUACUUUCCAAUCAAUUUCAGGCAUCCAUAGGAGUUUCUAGGAAUUUGAUUCACUCCUGGCUAGGAGAAGGAAGUCAAUCGAUUGACGAUGAAAGCUCUAAUGAUCAUACCAACUUGCAAGCAAGACCGACGCGUUUAGGAUUAGGAGCAAUGGCCAAGGAAUCCUCCGCCAAUUCCCAGUUUGCUUUCAAGAAUGAGCGAUUGAAAAGUCUUCCAGCAACGCUGAGAAAAAAAAUUGAACGGCAAUUGCAGAAGAAGGAGCCGGUAAAAAGUAAUGAAGGAACUGAACAAUCACCUCAAAAGAGGAAGAGAGGAACAGGAGGAGAUGAAUUGAAAGAGGACAAUGUCACUGAUGAGAGUGACGAUGAGGAUUCAAGGAUUCAGGUUGCGAACAAAUCCAAACGCAAUAUCAAUCAAGGAUCUGGAUUCGACUUGUACAAAAGGCUUAAUAAACGGAAAUAA